CGUGUUUGAAGGAAAUAAAUGUGUUCAUCGAAAACAAACAACAAAUUUCCAGAUGGAGCAGCUGCAGGCGAAUAUUCCGAGUGCAGACGGGCCAGAGGAAGUACCCGAGCCUGGAAAGACGGAAGAGAGCUCAAACAAAAAUAAUCCAAGUCUACCACUUUUCAAGUAUAUAUCAGCUGAACUGACCAGAGGUUACUUUCUUGAACAUGACGAAGCAAAGUAUGCCCAAAAACGAGAAAGACUUUAUGCAUUUUUAAACAUCCCCAAGGAAAUGGAAAAGUUGAUGAUAUAUGGAUUCUUUCUUUGUAUGGAUGCCUUUCUUUUUGUAUUUACAUUCUUGCCACUGAGGGUGCUGUUAGCUUUGUUCGGUUUACUUACAAGACCAUGUCAAGCUCGAAGCGGAGGGCGUAUAUUAGAACCUUCCCAGAUCUGUGACAUAUUAAAGAUGUUUAUAAUGGUAGUAUGUAGUUAUCUAAUGUGUUUAUUAGAUUUUUCUAUGUUAUAUCAUAUCGUGAGAGGACAAGCAGUUAUCAAAUUAUAUAUCAUAUACAAUAUGCUAGAGGUUGCGGAUAGAUUAUUUUCUUCAUUUGGUCAAGAUAUUUUAGAUUCCUUAUUUUGGACUGCCACAGAGCCAAGACAUAAAAAAAGACAUCAUUUUGGUCUUGUUCCACAUCUUCUGCUCGCCAUCAUUUAUGUAUUUUUUCAUGCCAUUCUAGUUUUAUUUCAAGCUACUACGCUAAAUGGCUUUAAUUCUCACAAUAAAGCUCUAUUAACCAUCAUGAUGUCAAACAAUUUUGUUGAAUUAAAAGGUAGUGUUUUUAAAAAGUUUGGAAAGAAUAAUUUGUACCAGAUGUCUUGCAGCGAUGUGAGAGAAAGAUACCAUUACUGUGUGUUAUUAUUUAUUGUUACGUUAAGAAAUAUGACUGAAUUCAAUUGGAAUUUUGAUCAUUUAUGGGAACUGAUGCCUGAUGUCCUGACUGUACUAGUGGCUGAAGUCUGUGUAGAUUGGGUGAAACAUGCAUUCAUCACAAAGUUUAAUGAAAUACCUGCUGAUGUUUAUCAGGAAUAUCGAGUGAGUCUCGCACGGGAUAUGAUCAGUAGUCGGCAGAUAAAUGCGUUUUCAGAUCAUUCAGAUCUUGUAGCUCGACGUAUGGGAUUUAUUCCACUUCCACUUGGUUGUCUAGUAUAUCGUACUGUGAGUCAAUCAAUGAAGCUACCACCAAAUAUACUUGGUGUUGUGAUUUUGGUGUUGUCCUAUUUAUGUCUGACGACUUUCAAAGUAAUGAACAGUAUUGUACUGUUUGGUAAAGCAUGUGACUAUGUUGAUGAAGUAAAAAGAUCUGAACCUGAACCCGAGAAAAAGAAACCUGAACACGGACGAAGUAAAAGUUUUAGCGGCACUCCCACGCAGCAGUCUUUGUCGACAGAGAUACGUGCGGUAGAGUCACUAUACUGCAAAGAAUCAAUGCAGUCCAAUAGUUCAAUUAGCUUACAGAGUUUUGGACGAGAAGAAUUACCGUCGAUACCAUCUCUCAAUACGUUACCAGAGCAACAGAAAGACGAGGACAAAACAAAAGAUUCACUAUCUGAUAUAGACAGGUACACUUUGUGCAGCAAUCGAAUUGUCUGAACUUAAUAAUUUAGAAAAGUAUUUAUUUUAUUUGGGGUCAAACAGAUCAACAGACUUUUUCUAAGCUAGCAACAGACCGACGUUUUUCAAGUGAAUAUUUUGAAAAAUAAGAACAACUAUGUUACUAUGAUAAUACUUCUCUGUAUUUGGGGAAUAUAGCAACACAAGUUGCCAUACCCAUUCAA